AUGAUGGUCGCGGUGUUCCGCUGCGCCACCUCCAAUCCGCUCCACAUGCCUGCUGAGGGCCUCUGGUGCGCUCCGGGCUUCCGCCUCGACGCCGAGCCGCCUGCGACGCGGCUCAUCGAGGACAGCGCGGCCGCGUCGCUCGGCGCGUUCCGCAUUCGCUCGCUGCUGUCGCGCCGAGAGGCUGAGGGCUUCGUGCGUGCGGCGGACGCGAUGGGCUUCACUCGGAGCGCCUCCGACUCAGACACCGAGAGGCGCAACGGCGCUCUGUCUUGGGCGCUGCACGACCCCUUGCGGGAGGCCCUCUCGGCGCGGAUCGCCCCUUUUGUGCCGCGCGCGAUCUGCUCCCACAGCGGAGAGGCGGCGCCCGAGCGGCGGGCCGAGAUGCUGCGAGCCGAGGCUGCUCGGCGGGCGCUGCUCGGCGGCGGCGGCUCGGCGGGCGGGGGAGGGGAGCCGUGGGUGCGACGGUGCGACGGUGCGCCCGAGGGAACUUAUCGGUACGAGGGGCUGAACGCGCGCUGCCGCGUGUACCGGUACGAGCCCGGCGGAUCGGACCGCUUCGCGCCCCACUUCGACGAGUGCUGGCCCGGCUCUACCUUGGCACUGAAGGGCACGGGCGGCGGGGAGGAGGCGACCCUCGUCUACGACGGCUGGACGUAUGGCGCCGACGCGACGGCCACGUGGCAGUGGGGACCGCGGGACCGCGUCAGUCACCUGUCCGUCCUCGUCUACCUCAACGACGGCUUCCCCGGCGGAGAGACCGCACUGCUGCAGGAGGAUGGGGGCGGCGGCGGCUCCGUGUGCGUCGCUCCGUCAGCGGGCGAUGCUCUUUGCUUCGGCCAGUCGUUUGCCCUCGGCAGGCCCGGCGUCUGCCCGUCAGAGCGCGCGCUGCUGCAUGAGGGCAGGCCGGUCGCCGCGGCCCCACCCAGAGCCUACGCAACGACUCGGGCGCCGACGCGGCGGGAGCGGCGCAGGAGCGGCCGACGCGGCGGGGUGCGAGCGGCCGAUGCACCGCCGCCCCCGGCGAAGAUAGUCAUGCGCUCAGAUCUCCUGUACUGGAUCCCUCCGCCAGAGUCGUGA